UACCCGUCAAAAAAACUAAAAUCGUAGAAUUCAUUUUUCAACACUAAGAGAAAAAAAGAGGAACAAAAAUCGUAGAAAUAGAAAUCUAAAAUCGUAGAAUUCAUAUUUCAACACUAAGAAAAAAGGAGGACCACGACCUUCUGAUUCUUUGCCUGACGCCCUGACCAACGGCGGCGAGCGGUGAGGGUUUGGGGACGACGGGAUGGCGCGGAGCGUGUCGUACGUUUCGGCGGCGAAGCUGGUGUCCAUGGCGCGAGGCAAUCCCCGCCUCGCCAUCAUCGACGUCAGGGAUGAGGAGAGGAGCUACCAGGCGCACAUCGCGGGUUCGCACCACUUCGCCAGCGGCAGCUUCGAGGCGCGGAUGCCGGAGCUCGCGCGGGCCGCCAGCGGAAAGGACACCCUCGUUUUCCACUGCGCGCUGAGCCAGGUGCGAGGUCCAACUUGUGCUCGGAUGUUCUCAGAUUAUCUAUCGGAGACCAAGGAGGAUUCAGGGAUAAAGAACAUCAUGGUACUGGAGCUCGGGUUUAACGGAUGGGAGGGUUCGGGGCAGCCUGUCUGCCGCUGCACGGACGCUCCUUGCAAAGGGACGUGCUGUUAAGCACAUGAGUUAAUCUCCCAGGCAUUCAACGACGAUCGACAUGGCCUCCAUUUCUGUUGUCGGUUACUUCACCUCACUAAACUCAUUAAAAUGAUAACACACGCAAGAUUAUUGGGUUGGCAACUCCAUUUUUGUGGGAACUACAUGCAUAACUAAUACUACCCAGUGUAUUCACUUCAGAUCCACUGGAUUGUGGAUACUGUUCUUUGAUUCCGCAUGUGCCUUAUAGAUCUGUGCAUCAAACUGAAGCAGUGUUUGGAGUUUGGUUCGGCAAUUUUGAGGUGUUAUCUGUUCA